AUGGCCGAAUCGUCAGACAAUGCGGCGGCGCCGGCGUCUCCAGCCCCCACAUCUCCGUUGAGAUCGACAGCGUCACCUUCGGCCGCACCCGAGCCUCAAGCGCCGGCCGAGAUUGAAGCUGACGAUGCGGCGAGUGUCGAACUGGACCGGCUCGACUUCAACCACACACUCAUUGUGAAGCUCAUCAGCUAUGGCGAGAAGCUUUUCUUGGCCCCGGUCCCGCAAGAAAAGACACAUCGGAUUCUAGACAUCGGCACAGGAACCGGCAUUUGGGCUGUCGAGGCGGCAGAGAUCUUUCCUAAUGCAGAGAUUCUCGGCAACGAUCUGAGUGCCAUUCAACCUGCAUGGUGCCCGCCCAACGUCAAAUUUGAGAUCGACGACGUUGAGAGCCCCUGGCUGUACGAGCACAGGUUUGACUUCAUUUUCUGCCGCUAUAUAAACCUCAACCCGGGCGGCUGGGUUGAAUUCCAAGACUACAACAUCAAGUUCCUCACAGAUGACGAUACUCUGAACGAGGAGCACUUUGCUUCUCAGUGGAACAAGAACUUGAUGGAAGCCUGCAACGCUGCUGGCCGCAACCCAAACCCAGGGUACGACUUGGAGAAGUGGGUGAAGGAAGCUGGCUUCGUCGACGUUGUUGUCCGCAAGUUCAAGCUCCCCAUGGGGACCUGGCCCAAGGACCCGUACUUCAAGGAUCUUGGUUUAACGAAUCUGAUCCAGUACUUGGACGGGCUUGACGGGUUCAGCCUGAGAGCAUUUUGCGACGUCCUUGGUUGGACGAAGGAGGAGAUCAUGGUGCUGUUGGCGCACGUACGCAAGGAGAUGAAGUCCGCCAAACUUCACAUCUACAAUGACAUCCAUGUGGUCUACGGACGCAAGCCCGAAGCCGAGCCUGAGGCGGCAUCGUGA